AGGAGAAGCGCCCACCAGCAGUACAACUUACAAGCGAGAGUUCCGUGCAUAGAGAUUAGAAAACACUGAAUUUGCUGUAGGCUACAUCACAACACAAGUGCGCUGCAGAUCAUUUUACUUAUUUUUAAGAUAUUUUACCACGGAUAGGCACUGAUAUAUGUGUAUGCAUUUCUUUUCUCAGUACCUGUAGGCUUGCAUUACUGGAAAGCAUCACUCCGGCGCCUAGGCUGAGCGAGCAAGCGGCAAUACAAGGAGAUCGCUUUUCCCGGCGCUGGAUGAACAUUUUGGAGAAACGUUUCUUUCAUGCUAAUUCCACCCCCCGCCCUUCAUUGUUUUCAGCAUAGGUUGUCGUUUUGUUAAAACGCGAGCUUAAGAGUCUGCUGUUUUUAAUUGCCACAUUUUGUUGUUGGAUUUCAACCGAGGCAGACGUAAAACUUUUUAAUGCAAAACUUCAUGUAUGAGAAGACGAUGGCACCAGAGACCAGAAACGGAGGAAACGCAACAUUAAAUAAUAAUAACGGCAUAGACAACAGCAAGAGGAAACUGCUCGUCUUUCUAGAUCUCUUCUGUUUGUUUUUAGCUGGCCUGCCUUUCCUGGUUAUUGAGUCUAGCGCUGUCAAGCCCUACGAACGCGGCUUUUACUGCGACGACGAGUCCAUCAAGUACCCAUCCAAAAAGGAAGAAACCAUAAAUGACGCUGUGCUUUGCGCUGUGGGCAUUGUCGUCGCCAUCCUUUCUAUCAUCAUUGGGGAGUGGUACAGGAUCCACUACCUGAACCAGGGCUCCAAGUCCUUUGUGGGCAACCCCUAUAUCUCCGCCCUGUACAAACAAGUGGGCGUCUUCAUCUUCGGCUGUGCUAUUAGCCAGUCCUUCACGGACAUCGCCAAGGUGUCGGUGGGCCGGUUGCGGCCACACUUCCUGGCCGUUUGCAGGCCGGACUUCUCCACAAUCAACUGCUCCAGUGGCUAUAUAACUGUAUAUAGCUGCCAGGAGGAAGACAGUAAAGUGGUGCAGGAGGCCAGGAAAUCGUUCUUUUCAGGCCACGCCUCCUUCUCGAUGUACACCAUGCUGUACUUGGCGUUCUACCUGCAGUCCCGCUUCACAUGGCGCGGCGCCCGUCUCCUGAGGCCCCUCCUGCAGUUCACCCUUCUGAUGAUGGCCUUUUACACCGGCCUCUCCCGCGUGUCCGACCACAAGCACCACCCCACCGACGUCCUGGCGGGAUUCGUUCAGGGGGCAUUGGUGGCCUACUGCAUUGUGUUCUAUGUGUCCGACCUGUUCAAGGCCAAAGCUAAGAGCACCAGCAUUCCGCCCCCUCCGGUGAAGAAGGAGCUGCUUCCCACGGCGGACAUCAUAGAGAGGAACAACCACCACAACAUGGUGUGAGGGGGCGCCCAAGCACGGCCUGGAGCACGCAUGAAGGAGAACGCCAACACACCUGUGACACAUGACCAGCAAACUGCUGCUCUGAUUUCUCAUCUGACAGUAGAAUGUAGGCAAGAGAGGCGGACAUUUGACCCACCCCCACCCCACCCCCGUAGGAAAUGUCUGUCCUUUCGUCUGUCAUUUCAGCUAGAGCCCAUUUCCAAAAAGGAGAGAGUGGGCAGACAAGGCCCGAGUCUCCUGAUAUUUGUGACCGUGGAUUCGCAGAACAGGAACAAUCUAUGAAUGAGCAAAUGGAUGGAUGAAUGAAUGAAGGAUGAAUGGAUGCAUGAAUGAAUGGAUGUCAUGUUGGAUGUGCAGCUGGCUCUCGUUCUCCUUUUGAGGCUCUUGUUUUUUGUUUCUCCUCAUUCCCCCCCCCACCCCAAUUCAGCCACGUUGGCCCUGUUAUAACAACAAAUUCCUAACUAAUAGGAAUGAUAUUCUUGUAAAAUUAUUAUCACACAAUGCACAUAUACAGGAAUAUUAACAGUGUAAAAUAACUUAUAGCACUAUAUCCGAACUCCGUAACCGUCGUCAUCCCUUACAGCCUGAAAUCAGUCGCUAUAAAGUGUGUUGUUGAUGAUCUUAGGAUGCUGAGACCUUGCUGUUUCUGCGAGGACCUGUGGGUAGGGACUGUGGGUAGAGUAUGCAUAUUGCAACCUUUUUUAAAAGUAUUAUCUGGGACAGGUUGAGGGUAUGACAGCCUGUAACCCCCCCCCCCCCAACAACUUUGCACCCACUGUAUUGUAUGUGUGGCUGUGCCAUGCCUCCUCAUAGCAUUGGGGGCUCAGUGCCGGGUGAAGCCACCCUUCCAUAUUGACUCUGGGUGACGAGGGGCACAUUUUGGCCAUUGACUGCCUCCUGCUGGUCGGGAGGGGGUCUUGCGUUGCCUCUCUUGGGGGGUCGUCAAUCGUGCGGCCAGUAUACCUCUGAUUCGCCUCCGCUGCCUCAUUGGUGUCGGGAGCUGGACAGAGUCUGGACCUCCAUGACAGGAUUCCCGUUCCGGGUCGGGGGUCAAGGACGUUGAUCUUCAUCUUAUGUAGAUAGUUAUGAAGCAGAAUGAAAAGAAAACUGUGGAUUUUUAAUGUUCUCCUUUGUGCGAACAGAAGUGAAACUCUUUUAAAUGUCUGGUCAUUGUUCUGGGAUGUGUACAUAAUGUAACGUAAACCCUCCUGCCUUCCGUCCUGGCAGCGCACACUACACUCUCUCUCCGCCCGUUCACUGUAUAGUCUGCUUCCCCCCCAUCAGCCAUGGCCCCUCUGUCACCUCUGAAUAGAUCAAACCAAUUGUGAACUGGCCCAUAAGCCUGAUAAAUGUCCACUAUGAAUGACCUGUGUUUAUAUUUACAACUACUGCUUGAAAAGCAUCGACUGAACAACAGAUUUUUAUUCAGUGAAGUUAGAUUUUUUUAAUAGUACAUUUUAAUAAAGUUUUUAAAACUACAUUUAUGAUUGUAUUAAAAUCACCUAGUAUUUUUGUAUGGUCUCUUUUUUGUACAAAAAAAAAAGUAUUAGCAAUUUUUCUUUCUUGCAAAAUAAAAAUGAAUAAAAAGCUUUUUAUCAGUGCA